CAAAACCCAUUACUUAAUGUCUGCAUUCUUUUUCUGUCCUGCAUUCAGUAGCAGAAUUUUUUAUACCUUCUAUGUGAUUAGUAGAAUGAACUCCAACAAAACCUUCUUGUUAACAGAAUAAGGAGCUUUUUUUUUGGGCUACAAGGAUCAGGAUAUUCACAUGUCAGGCUAUUUUCCUGAUGAAGUCAUGCUAGAAAUUCUUAGUAAACUGCCUGUUAAAUCCAUAGUAAGAUGCAUGUGUCUUAGCAAGUCUCAGCACUCUCACAUCAAAACCAGCACCUUCUUUUCUACUCAUCUCAAUCAAACCAUUUCCUCAACUAAACACUCCUUAUUUCUUCUAAAGUUUUUCACUGAUCCUAAAGAGUAUUUUUCGCUCCAUUUCGACGACAAGGAACUAAACAAGUACAUGCAUCUUGAUUACCCUUUGGACGGCAAUAGAUACUUUGAUUUGAUCAACUCUUGUAAUGGCUUAAUUUGCUUUGCAGAUUGUUUUUACCUUCACAGCAAAACUUUCAUUCUGUGGAAUCCAUCCAUCAGGAAGACCUUAAGACUCCCUGUACUGAAUGUGACAUUCGAAACGCAUGGCAGGCUUGGCAGCUACCAUCCUUAUGUUGGGUUUGGAUUCGACUCGAGCACCAAUGACCACAAACUCCUGAGGAUUGCAGCAUUUCAUAAUAAUGAAUGCCUGUGAGAAGUUUAUUCACUUAUUGCAGGUUCUUGGAAGUGUAUUCAUACAACAGGACAGAAAUACAAUAUCAUUGAGAAAUGUAAAGAGGCAUUUGUUAAUGGAGUAGUCCAUUUUAUAGCUUGUGAGGAAGUUGAACAUGGUGAAUCUGAAGAAAUGUAUGUUCUGAGUUUCGGUUUCAGCAACGAGGUUUUCUGCAAGUUUAUGUUGCCAGAAGGUUUUGGAGAAGAGAUUCUUUCUGUGCUUGUAUUUAAGGAGUCAACAAUUGCUAUUUUCUGUUUAGAAUCAUACUCCUCUUUUGAGUGUUCUCUGUGGGCGAUGAAGAAGUAUGGUGAGACAGAAUCAUGGACCAAGCUGUUCACAAAACAAGUUGAAGUAAUACCAAGAGCAUUGGGAUUCAGGAGAAGUGGAGAGUUACUGUUGGAUUUUUAUAGAGGAGAGAUUGUUUCAUAUGAUUCCUUAUGUGGAAAGCUUAGCAUUACUGGAUAAACCAUAGCCUAUUAACAAUGUCUAGUUAAGGAGAAAUCUGCUCAGAGCAACGUUCCACUAGUAAGAAAUCUUUCAACACUACUUGAUUCAAUUUGGCUAAAGACACUAACCCUAUUAGCAAAACCAGUUAAUAAUUUUCUUCGAACGGCAAGGAGAUAUAAUUUACAUGUCGCAAAUUAAAUUGGUGCACUUACUAAUACCUAUCAAGCCUAUCCCUAUGUAUUCAUUCAUUUGCAUACAACGUAACCGAUUUAAGUAACUAUGGACCCAACAGAAAUUAAAGCCCACGAAUUCAUGUUCCUUUCAGCGACCUGUCAAUAUUAUAAGUGAGAUGAUUAGAGUGGAAGACCCUUAAGGCCUAAACCAGUGUUUUUCUUUUUCCUGAAGAGAAAAACAAAGAUUCCUGCUUCUUCAUGCCAUAGACUCUUAA